AUGAGCACAUCAGAAAGUUUUAGGGAGUCUCCUCUCUCACUUCUUCAUUACCACCGACCUCUCAAGAACUAUCAAUUCUCCGCUCAACUCUCCGCUCAACAGUAUUCCCAUAUCAUGGCAAUGGCAGGAGAUGUCGAGGCUUUGGAGGAGCUCUUUGACGCCAUCCAAUCUGCCACUGCAGACCGGGUCCGCGUGGUAUUGAGGGACAUAUGUAUCUACCAACCAACAGCUUUCGAAGCUGCCUAUCAAAAGCUGCUUGUAGAUGACGGUGAGACGUUCGAUGUCGGCGACGAAGAAGAGGACGAAUCCGCACCAGAAGCCAGAGCCUCCCCCAAAACGCCCAAGAGAAGAGUGACAAAAGCAGCACCCAAUCUUCAAGCAGGAAGCAAACGUAGGCGAUACGAGAUCUGCCAUCAAUGCGACGAGGAGUACGAUGCCGUUGCCAACGCCAGAACCUCUUGUGUCUAUCAUGACGGUACGUUACGACGCAAAGCAUUGGUAUAA